AUGUCAAAUGUGGGCAUGGCUCAGCGCGAUGCGCUGUCCAAUAUGAGCGGAGGCUGCGCUGCGCCUGCUUGCGAUUCCACAACCCUAUCAACCUCGCCUUUCUGCAAGGCGCAUCAAGCACUCAGUCCUAGCCCUGGCCCUGGCGGUGGCUCUUCGUUGAAAAACAGCUUGCCCAGGGUCACUCAUUUCUCGGAAGCCCGGGUUGUGGCUAAGAGAGGUCACAACCGCAGUCGGAUACCAUCGUCAGGACGUACUUCGGUUAAGCCCCAAGCAUCUCCAAGCCCGAAUGAAAUCGCCAAAGGAAACAAGGCCCUGGGGUCCCCAGUGGGAACGAAAUAUCAAUCGUUUUUCGGCCCAGAGAAAGUGGAAGCUCAGACCAAGCCUAACCCUGUUGCGCCGGAGGAUAGGAGCAUGAGCCCGCCCAAAGACUUAAACAUCAAUGGGUACCAAGGGCAACGUGUGUCAUUCGCAACCAAUGUCCUCAGGUUCAGCAACGGACUGAAAGAAGAUGGAAAUGUCCCAGCUUCUAAUAUAUCCCCACCAGAGAUGAACCACUGCGCUGAGAUCUCAGACCAGGCAAUCUUGAAUUCGAAAGUCAGGGAAGAAAAAAGUCACAGCGUUUCUCUCACUCCUGAAAGGACUCAGCCCACUGUCUCCAAUCCUACGUCGAACGGAAAAGAGGUAUCACAGGGUCGCGAGGACAUGGAGUUGGAGGAUGAGGGGGUAGAGGUAUCACCACUCACUCCAGUCCAAGUAUCAACACAAGAACCCAUAAGCAAUGGCCAAACUCCCAGCAAAGUUGUUUGGGCCAAUUUACCUCCUCCUAUACAACGCAUCGCUUCUCCGAACAGCACAGAUUCCGGGGAAAUGUCCGAUGACGAAGAUGAGGAGCCUCUAAUUCGUUCACGCUUGGGCAAGAGGAGAUUCAUCAUGAUGGAUCACGAUGAUUCCGAAAGUAUCUAUGAGCCAUCAUCGGCGCGAGAAUCUACCUAUUCUCAGAGUCCCCAGAUUCUCGCCCAAGAGUCAGGUGAUGAAUACAUGCCAAUGGUUCCGGAGUUACCCGUCCUGUCGCCCCAACACCACGAUGGCAGUGAUUCUCAUAGCACUGUUACCAGUAAUUCUUCGCAUGGCAACCGCCCUGUGGUGUCUACAGUCAUUACCCGUUCCAGAGUGAGAAGUGAGGCGCGCAGGGCAAAGAGACUGGCCGAAUUUGAUUCGGAUGCAUUUGACGCAAUGAUACAGAAACAGAGUGAGUUGUCACCUAACGUUGUUUCCGCCUCGCCCCGUUCUCCCAGAAAGGUGAUGGCUGCAAAGGAGGACGACCGAGUAGCUCUGCAUGUGAACCCGGCCAUUCAUGGGAUGCAUAACCGAUCAGAAGAGUGGCAUCAGAGAAAGGCAAAGGAAAUCAAAAGCCGUGGCGGGCGAAAAGCUUGGUUCGGAAAGGUCCAUGAGAGGCAACGCUAUAUACAUGCAAAAGCGGAGGAGGCAGCGAAGGAACGUGAAAGGGCUCUACGAGCGGGGGAAAUGCCUCCUCAUCGAGAUCCACAGCCUCGGGUGUACAAAAGAACCCUGGAUUUUGGAGACAUUCCUAUGGCAGAGCUUCCAGAGGAUGUGAAGAAAAACAAAGCCUGGAUGAAGGCGUGUGCCUGGCAUCGCGCGACGAAAAGCCAGCCUAUCCAGCGACAGGUCCCCCAGAGGACAGCAGAAGAGGCCCAGCGAAAUAUUCAUGUUCAAAGGGCGACAGAAGAAGCUCAUCGGUUUUACCUGGAUGCAUUGAAAAGCCACGGCUUGGCUGGUAAAGAGAAGGCGAAAUAG